CGGGUGCGAGUCCCUUCGCCACGAUGCCGGGGAUCGACAAGCUCCCCAUCGAGGAGACCCUGGAGGACAGCCCGCAGACAAGGUCUUUACUGGGUGUCUUUGAAGAAGAUGCUACUGCUAUUUCCAACUAUAUGAACCAGUUGUAUCAAGCUAUGCAUCGGAUUUAUGAUGCACAGAAUGAAUUAAGUGCAGCAACACACCUGACUUCGAAACUUUUAAAAGAAUAUGAAAAACAGCGCUUUCCACUGGGAGGUGAUGAUGAAGUUAUGAGCUCAACUUUACAGCAGUUUUCAAAAGUUAUAGAUGAGCUUAGCUCUUGUCAUGCGGUACUUUCAACUCAGCUUGCUGAUGCCAUGAUGUUCCCCAUUACCCAGUUUAAAGAAAGAGACCUGAAAGAAAUACUGACAUUAAAAGAAGUGUUUCAGAUUGCUAGCAAUGAUCAUGAUACUGCAAUUAACAGAUACAGCCGAUUGUCCAAGAAAAGAGAAAAUGACAAGGUCAAGUAUGAAGUCACAGAAGAUGUCUACACUUCCAGGAAGAAACAACACCAGACCAUGAUGCACUAUUUUUGUGCAUUAAACACUCUUCAGUAUAAGAAGAAAAUAGCAUUGUUAGAGCCUCUCCUUGGAUACAUGCAAGCUCAGAUAAGCUUCUUCAAGAUGGGUUCUGAAAACCUGAAUGGACAACUCGAAGAUUUUUUAACCAAUAUUGGAACAAGUGUACAGAAUGUUCGCAGGGAAAUGGACAGUGAUGUAGAGACCAUGCAACAGACAAUAGAAGACUUGGAAGUAGCCAGUGACCCUUUAUACGUGCCUGACCCCGACCCCUCCAGAUUUCCUGUUAAUCGAAAUUUAACCCGAAAGGCUGGAUACCUAAAUGCUAGGAAUAAAACAGGCUUGGUAUCGUCUACCUGGGACAGGCAGUUUUACUUCACGCAGGGCGGGAACUUAAUGAGUCAGGCCCGUGGAGAUGUGGCAGGAGGCCUGGCCAUGGACAUAGACAACUGCUCAGUGAUGGCCGUGGACUGUGAAGACAGGAGAUACUGUUUUCAGAUCACUUCUUUUGAUGGAAAAAAGUCUUCAAUUUUACAAGCAGAGAGUAAGAAGGACCAUGAAGAGUGGAUUUGUACCAUAAACAACAUAUCUAAGCAAAUAUACUUAAGUGAAAAUCCAGAGGAAACUGCUGCUCGGGUAAAUCAGUCAGCCUUGGAAGCUGUCACUCCUUCUCCUUCUUUCCAGCAGAGACAUGAGAGCCUGCGGCCAGCAGGGCCCACUCGGCCACCGACAGCUCGAACCAGCAGCUCAGGCUCCCUGGGGUCAGAGUCCACGAAUUUGGCUGCCCUCUCUCUGGACUCUCUUGUUGCCCCGGACACUCCAAUCCAGUUUGACAUCAUUUCUCCUGUGUGUGAAGAUCUGCCUGGCCAGGCAAAGGUCUCUGGCCAGGGAGGCAGGCGAACAAAUCCAUUUGGAGAAUCUGGAGGAAGUACAAAAUCAGAAACUGAAGACUCGAUUCUCCAUCAGCUGUUUAUUGUCCGCUUCCUUGGUUCUAUGGAGGUGAAGUCAGAUGACCAUCCAGAUGUUGUUUAUGAGACAAUGCGCCAAAUUUUAGCUGCUCGGGCCAUCCAUAACAUCUUUCGCAUGACAGAAUCACACCUGUUAGUCACUUGUGACUGCUUAAAGUUAAUUGAUCCACAGACACAAGUUACAAGACUCACAUUUCCAUUACCCUGUGUGGUUUUGUAUGCUACUCACCAGGAAAACAAGCGACUGUUUGGAUUUGUUCUGCGGACAUCAGGAGGGAGAAGUGAAAGUAACUUGUCAUCAGUGUGCUAUAUAUUUGAGUCAAACAAUGAGGGGGAAAAGAUAUGUGAUUCUGUUGGAUUGGCCAAACAGAUAGCUUUGCAUGCUGAACUGGAUCGUAGGACAUCAGAAAAACAAAAAGAAAUAGAGAGAGUAAAAGAGAAGCAACAGAAAGAACUCAACAAGCAAAAACAGAUUGAAAAGGACUUGGAAGAACAAAGUCGGCUGAUUGCUGCAUCCAGUAGACCAAACCAAGCCAGCAGUGAGGGGCAGUUUGUCGUCCUAAGCAGUAGCCAGUCAGAAGAGAGUGACUUGGGAGAAGAGGGAAAGAAGAGAGAAUCAGAAGCAUAAACUCAUCCUGGCUUUUUGAUGGACAGCCCCUCCCCCCAAUUGACAAUGUCUGUGGUGACAUGGCACAAGGUAGCAACUAUGCUGAAAUACUAAGGAGACGAAGCUUGUUUUACUUCAGUUUUAAAAGAUUGAACUUGACAACGUAGGUUUACAUUGAAUUUUUUUCUCUUAAAAAUAAAAUACUGUGCAUUAUCAUUCAAUUCCAUUUACCUAAAAAUAAGACCUACUUAUUUCCCUGAAAUUUAGUGCUGAGGAAUAUACUUGUUCAGGCAUUUUUCCUUCAGACUGUGAAUUUUUUAAUCUUGCAGUGUAAUUGGCUGUACCCCUAAGAAAUCAUUUUUUGUUCAGCUGUAGACCUUCAUGGAUGUGUUCCUUCCCUCCCUGACCUCUCUCUCCUUAGGAAUGUUUGUUGGUAUUAGGAAGUGUUCAAAUGGACAAGUUAAAACAACCUUCACAUAGAGAAUGCUUUUGAGUUUCAACAUAUUUUAACAAUGUGUCUAACAGAAGUUGUAUAAAUUUGUAGAGCAGAGAUUUUAAGGUGGCAGGUGGUGCCAUUGAUUUCAGGGCCUUUUCUUAGAUUCCUCUCAUCUUUCUGAUAAACCAUACCUGAUGCCAACAGGAAGCAACAUAGUGUCGGGUUCAAGGCUGAUACAGCCCUCGGCAUGUUGUUACCAUGCUCGUUCUCAGGUUGGGGCGUUAGUUAUUGCUGCAGAGCAGUAAUAGAAUAGGAUUUCAGAAUUCAUUCAAAGAGAUUUCUUUUUUUUUGUUGUUCUGGUAGAGAUUGGUGUUGGACUUGACUUGUAAAGAUCCUGUUACAGGAUGAUACGUUGUAUUCUCUGCACUGUGUAAAAUGACUUUUACUGAUAAUCAAGUAACAUUUCAGAAGAUAUGCUAUACCAUUUGUGUUUACUAUUUAAAGUAAACAUUUGCAGUUUAGUUUAGAAAACAUAAUCUUUAAAUUUCAGACCGAUAGUCCCAGUAUUUUCGUAAUCCCAUGUUUUGAUAAUAUAUUGAAUUUAUCACUUUAUAUCCCCAAAGGAAAAUAAUUUAUGUGCACAGAAUAAUUUGCACUAAUUAUUGUAAAUACUUACGCUUUUCAAAUGCAUAAAUGAUCUAAUUCCAUGAAAGACUGGAAGGAAAUUGAAUAUCUAGUGUAAUAUAAGAAAGCUUGACCAAGGAAGGAUUUUAGCCUGGUGCCAAGGUUAAAAUGACAUUUCUGUACAGCUUAUCUCCUGUGUCAAAACUUGAUUUUUUUUAACUCCAAUCUUAAACAUUAGUUAUAGAAAUUAUGUUCAUGUGUUCCACAUGAAAAAGUAUACAUAUAUAUAUACAUAUAUAUAUCAUAUAUAUAUGAUAUAUAUAUGCACACACAUACAUAUAUAUAUGUAUAUAUAUGUCAAACAUAUAAAGUAAAGUAUCUUACAUAGUCAUAGUUACUGGUUUUCAAGUGGCUAACCACUAAGACUGAUUCCACAAGGGAAAAGACCUUUUAUUCUGUAAUAUAUAUUUUCUCUUCCCAGUUCUGAUUUAGGACUAGCAUCUCUGAGUUUUCAUAUUGUAGCUCAGUUGUUUUACACUGUACAUUGUUUUCUAUAGGAAUGGGGUAGUUCUAUAUAGGAUCAUGAUAUUCCUUUUAUCCAUGUGCCAAAUGGGAGUAGUGAUUAUUUAUAUUCUUUGAAGCCUUAUGUUGCCAAAACAUAUAGUAAGCAAGCAGAAAUGUAUGCGAUACGUUUUGAUCAAAAUUUAUUUUGUGAUUAUUAAAGGAAACAUUUUCACAGUAGUGCAUCAUUCCUCUUGUUCAAGUUAAAAUUUCUUCUGUGGUGGUCAGUACUUAGUUGUGCCAAAUCUUGUUUUUCAGAUUGGUAAUGGUUCUGGUUUCUAUAUUUGUUUUUUGUUUGAUUUUUGUAGUGCUGGGAAUUGAAGGUGGGGUCUCAUGCAUCCUAGAUAAGCACUCAACCACUGAGCUACCUCCCCAGCUCAAGUUUUCUGAUUAAGUAAGUCUUUCUUUGUAGAUGUUACCUCGAUUAGAUAAAAGGGAAGUGUGGUUGUCCUUAGGAGGAGGCAGUUUGACUUGGCUGGGGUUUUUCAUGGUAGCACAAUGCAAAGUACAAGUGGGGUUAAGAAUACUAGCAAACUUAGGGAUGCCAGACAGUCUUACUCUUCCUUUUAGGCCAUAAUUUUGUAGGAAUUCCUACAAUGACACACCCAUGUCCAUAGGUUAGAUCAGAAUGUUCCAAUUCCAAGUACAAAUCAUGAACAGACUUAGCGAUUUCAGGUGAUUCACUGUUUGUACUGUGGCACUCAAGUAUCUAUUUCAUGGCUGCAAACAUCUGCAUGUCACUAUUAAUACCUCUGCUUUUCAAAGAAGGCUGCUAGUGAGUUUCUUUCUAAUUGUUUGGGCUCAUCUUGUUCUUGUAAAAUAUUUUUAUUUAUUUAUUUGCAAGGAGAGAGAGAGUAUGAGAGAAUAAGUGUGGGUACACCAGAGCCUUCUGUCACUGCAAACGAACUCCAGAUGAAUGCAGCACUUUGUGCAUUUGGCUUUUUGUGGGUACACUGUUUAACCACUGAGCAAUCUCUCCAGCCUUCAUCUUUUAUGUGUGUGUGUGUGUCUUCUUCCAGAAUCCCUUCUAACUGAGUUGCCUGCUUGGCAGUUGGGUCAGAUUGGAGCUGUCUUUUCUCAGACUUAUACUUACAGUGAAUGGUUUUUAGAAAUUAACAAAAUCGCCUUUUUUUAAAAAAGAAAGUAAGCCUGCCUUGCCUAAUUCUGUUACCUGUAUUGACUGUAACUGGUAAUGAAGUCAAAAGGGAAUAAUUUAUUCAUGCAUCUUUUUAAAGCUUUGAACACUUGUUAACUAGAGACUGUUAUUCCAACAAAGUCCCUGAAGCUAGUCUUGUUUCUGUCUGUCUGUGAGGAUUAUUUUGUAUCUAAUUUCAGAAGAUUUCUCAAGCCCACGCUCAGGGGUGAGAAAGUUCUUUCCUUCAUUCUUGAGGGCAAGGUAGGAAAUUUUGUGUGACAAAUGUAUAUGAGUUAAUUUUGAGUUACAUGUAGGAACCAUAGUAUUUAAAAUUUGAGCCAGGCGUGGUGGCGCACGCCUUUAAUCCCAGCACUUGGGAGACAGAGGUAGGAGGAUUGCCAUGAGUUCGAGGCUACCCUGAGACAACAUAGUGAAUUCCAUUUCAGCCUGAGCUACGGCGAGACCCUACCUCGGAAAAACAGAAAAAGAAACAAAAAUGCUGACAGACCCUAACAGCUAGCUCAUUACAAAAUUUCUGCCAUCUGAAUAUAAUGAAAAUACUGAUGCUAGUUUUGAUAACAAUCUUUCAGCCUUCUUCAGGUUGUACUGGAUUUAAAUAUACCAGUUGUAGCAAAUAAGUCCUACAUUUUAUUUUUAGUGUGUAAUUUACUUUCAUGAGAUUUUUGUUCUAUAUUCAUAAAGUGUUAGAACUAGAACCAGUCUCUGGCUAUACUCCUAAAAAUUCACUCCAGCUAAUAUGAGUGCUGGGAAGUAAAUUAGUGUACAAAAUUGCUUUACAUAUUAGGUGAUUUUGUGACAUAAAUGACUUGGUUCACUGAUGUCAUCAACCAAUUAUGUGGUGUACAAUUAAAAAUCCCAUAACAUUUCCCCUUUAGAACUGGAGCUGAAAAAUUCACCUCUGUGUGGUCAUGGUAUACUUGUGGGGCACAAUUUAUUUUUCAUCUUGUCAAAAUAGGUAUUUGCUGACAAGGUUUCAUGAAAUAUGUUGUUAAGAAGAUUUUUUAAUGUAUAAUAAAGUCAUGAUUUUUGUACAA